UUUACAGCAUUUCAGUGAAGGCUCGGACGCCGUGCCCUCUUCUGCCAUGGGGUCCUCAUUUUCGGCGAGUACUGAGUUUUCUGCUCUUCCCCCCGCAGCUGCUUCCACACCUGUUUCCGCAAACCCACCCGCGAAAUCCGCUUUGCCGCCCCCCCACCCCCGGGACCCUGACUAUAGAAACUGCUGGAGUUGUCGCGUGCUGUCUGGCUGUUCACUCAUAGGGGCGGGCACCUACAUCUACUUUGCGUCCAGGCAGCCCAUGAAGCAAGGAAUCCCACCUGGCCCUGGCUCCGUAAUGCAGAUGGUCAUCGGCCUCGGUAUUGCCUGUUGGGGUGUCAUUGUUCUGGUAAACCCUAAAGAGAAGACCUCCUGAGUUGUUUGAAAAUACCAGCACUUCCUUGUCUCCCAUCACUGGCUGCGCGGCAGACAGAACAAGCAUUUGGGUUGGUGGAUAUUCUUUGCACACACGGCCAAGGAUGCACUUAACUAGAGGACAUACCGAGAAAACUGUGAAAAUAUGAGCUGUCGUUCUUUGGCCAUGGAUGCUUACGGUUAACCCCAUCUCAGGUUAUAAAGGGACAAAUAAAUUCCUUAGAAGCAAACAUAGUUCUCGGUCUUAUCCAGGGAGGUUUUGUGUAGUUCAAUUUGUACUUAAAGAUAAUGUUUUGAGAACAUAUUAAGAUGAGAUAAAUGAUAGGCCAAUAGCGAAAUAAACUAUUUUUAAAAAAAUAAUAAGUAGUUCUUUUAAUUUUUCUAAACGUAUCAACAGCUAUUGGCAACUUAGCCCUGAAUAGGUACAUGAAAGUUGUUCAUGCUUUCCAAAGGAUCUUCAAGUCCAUCACUGAAUGAGCGCUGCUGAUUUGUUAUUCCAUCUGUAAGCUUUGGACCUAGCAAUUGGUUUUGCUUUGGGGCUCAUGAGUUCAGUGAUGGAGCGAUUUUUUUUCUUCCUAGUUCUGUCUUUCACAACUGGAUUAGUUUCAGAGACACAGGAGUUCCUUUACACAUUAUUGUCAAUAUUUAGUAAAAGAUGUAAGUGACAAAAUAUUUGAAAAAAAUUCCAAAAGAAAAAUCUGUUGAUGGCUUUUCCAUUGGUAUUUAAAAUGGAUCUAUAAAGGCUUAAAAAAGUUAUAAGAGGAAUGUGUGCUUAUGGUCACUAAUACUUAGGCUUCUCUGUAAAUGUAUGUUUAGGUGGUUCGUACUAUUUUGAGCAAGUAAUAUUGUUCAGCUGGACCCUUUGUACAAGCUGGGAAACCCCAUCUACCUCCUUCCACCAAACCUACAUGCAACUGGGAAAACUGACACAGAAUGGCACCCAAAGCCCAGUCUACAUAUCUGGGAGCCAAUGCAACCUGCCUUUCUGACAUGGUCAGCCCACUCAAGUGCCCACCAAUGUGCCCAGCUUCUGACUAUACAUGGGCACAGCCCCAGCUCCUGGCUGACAUAUCAUCUCCUGAGGUCUGUAAAACCUUCCUGCCUUAGCCCUGACUGUAACUUCCUCAGCCCUGGUCAUGGGGACUAAAUCCACAGGGUGGGAGUGCCAAAUAAAUCUGCAUUUGUUUGCUUUUAAUCUGGUCUGAUCUGGCCUAUAUUUAUAUCAGCAAGAGAGAAAAAUCUGUAAUAAUUAUUACUUUAAUAUUUUUGAAUCCUAUACAUGAAUGUGAAUUAUUUUGAUCAUACCCCCCCAUUAUUCCUUCAACUGCUUAGCUACUUCUGGAUCCCUUCCUUUCAAUAAGUUCCCCUCUUGUAUUCUUUUGUAUUUUUCUUUAAUUAUACACUGAGUUUAGUUAGGAUUGCUUGUAUAAGUGUAGGUGAGAAUCUUAAAGUAAUGAAGUGAAUUUUGUUUUUUGGGUUUUUUGUUUGUUUCAGUUGCGUAUGGGCAAAUCUGGGACAUUUUCUUGAUUAAUGAUUGUGUGGGAAGGCCCAGCCCACUGUGGAUAGUACCACCCCUCAUAGGUAUUCCUGGAUAGUAUUAAAAAGCAGGCUGAGCAAGCUAAGGGAAGCAACCGCGUAAACAAUAUCCCAACGAUACGGUUUCAGUUCCUGCUUCCAGGUUCCUGCCCUGAGUUCUUAACCUUGGCUUCCCUGAUAAUGGACUGACCUCUAAACCAAAUAAACCCUUUUCUCCCCAA